AUGUCAGAGACCACCAAUGCAGGUGAAAAACACGUCGCGGUUUUGGCAUUCCCGUUCGGCACUCAUGCAGCCCCACUUCUGAGCCUUGUAAGCAGAAUCGCAGCCACAGCCCCGAACGUGUAUUUCUCAUUCUUCUGCACUUCCAACUCCAACAACUCUGACUUCUCCAACGAGGGCUUGAAUAACAUAAAGCCUUACGACGUGUAUGAUGGGUUGCCUGAGGGUUAUACGUGCAGCUUUAAUAAUCCGAUCGAGCCGGUGAUGCUGUUUUUAAAGGCCUUGCCAGAGAACUAUAAGAGCGUGAUGGAAGUAGCUGUGAGAGAGAGACAGAGAGAGAUAAGCUGUAUAAUGAGUGAUGCGUUUUAUGGGUUCGCUGGAAAAAUGGCUGAAGAAAUGGAUGUGAAUUGGGUUCCACUUUGGACUGCUGGACCUCGCUCACUUCUGGUUCAUGUUGACACAGAUGUCAUCCGCAAAAGACUUGGAGAUAGUGGCAGUGAAGACCAAACCCUUGAAAUCAUUCCAGGAUUUUCUUCAUCAAUGCGUGCAGUCGAUUUACCUGAAGGAGUGAUAAUAAACAUAUCAACCCCCUUUUCUAUGAUGUUACACAAUAUGGGAUUAAUGCUGCCACAUGCAACUGCGGUUGCCAUAAACUCCUAUGAAGAGAUAGACCUUGAUAUUGUGAAUAAACUCAAGCAAAGAUUCCACGAGUUUCUCAAUAUUGGUCCAUUCCUACUAACAUGUCCACAAACAAUUUGCUCUGAUGAGCACGGUUGCUUGGAGUGGUUGGACAAGCAUAAAACCGAUUCUGUGGCAUACAUUAGCUUUGGAAGUGUGAUAACACUUCCACCUCCUGAGCAAGCAGCAUUGGCAGAAGCACUAGAGGCAAGUGGGUUUCCAUUUCUUUGGUCACUUAGGAGCUUUGAGGAAAGUUUGCCAAAGGGGUUUAUAGAAAGGACAAGAACACAAGGAAAAAUAGUUCCAUGGGCUCCCCAAAUGCUAGUCUUAGGACAUCGUUCAGUUGGGGUGUUUGUGACACAUUGUGGAUGGAAUUCUGUUUUGGAAAGUGUUAUCGCCGGCGUGCCAAUGAUUUGUAGGCCUUUUUUCGGAGACCAGAGACUGAACAUGCGAACCGUAGAGGCGUCUUGGGGCGUUGGUGUAGGUCUAGAAGGUGGGGUUUUUACUAAAGAUGGAAUGGUGAAGGCCUUGGAACAAACUUUGUCUAGUGAACAAGGGAAGGAAAUGAGAGAGAAAGAGGAAGCUUUCAACAAGUCUGCAUUGGAAGCUGUUGCACGUGAUGGUAGCUCUACUAAAGAUUUCAACACUUUGGUUAAGUUGGUCACCAGUUAA